AUGGCUUCUGGUACAUUGGCAAAAUCUCAGUUGUGGGGUCUUCUGGCCAAGCGUCUGUGGAUUCAUAUUGUUGGAGCAUUCAUUGUCUCUUUGGGGGUCUCAGCUCUCUGUAAGUUUGGUGUGGCUGAACCAAGAAAGAAGGCAUAUGCAGAUUUCUACAGAAAUUAUGAUUCCAUGAAAGGUUUUGAGGAGAUGAGGAAGGCAGGUAUCUUUCAGAGUGCAAAGUGAAUUUGGAAUGUAAAGAAUUUCUUUGGAUUGACCUGUGUUCCUGAACUAUGAAACAUAAAUAUGUGGGCUGAUGAGUAGUUUCUCUUAUAAAUAAACAAAUACUGUGGACC